AUGCUCCGGGCGCCUGUCGUGCUGUGCGCGUGCGUAGCCGCCUGGUGCGCGCAGGCUCUGGCAGCGGCCGCGGGCGGCAAUUUUCUGGACAACAAACAAUGGCUCAGCACGGUGUCCCAGUACAACCGGGAGGCCGGACAGUGGAACCGAUCCCGAGACGAUGAUUAUUUCCGCACUUGGAGUCCAGGGAAGGCCUUCGAUGGGGCUCUAGACCCAACUAAAGACCCAUGCUUAAGGCUGAAAUGUAGUCGCCACGAAGUGUGCAUUAUUCAAGGUUCUCAGACCGCAGUCUGCGUUGGUCAGCGGAGGCUCACGCACAGUAUGAAAGAUGCAGGAGUUGGGCAUAAGCAGUGGAGGGGUCCCCCGACAUCCACCUGCCAGCAGUGCUCGGGGGUCUCUACCAGCCCUGUCUGUGGUUCAGAUGGACAUACCUACUCUUCUCAGUGCAAACUAGAAUACCAGGCAUGCAUCUUAGGAAUACAGAUCUCAGUCAAGUGCGAAGGAUGUUGCCUGUGUCCUUCAGAUACGACCAUGGGCUCAAGCAGGAAUAUGAAGAGGGCCUGCAGUGACCUGGAGCUCAGGCAGAUGGCCAGCAGACUGCUGGACUGGUUCAAGGCCCUGCAUGAGAGUGGGGGCCAGAACAAGAAGACGAAAGCAUCGCUGCGGCCGGAGAGAAGCAGAUUUGAUACCAGUAUUUUGCCAAUUUGCAAGGAUUCACUCGGCUUGAUGUUUAAACUUGAUACAAACUACCACCUGCUCCUGGACCAGUCGGAGCUUGGGAGCAUUUACCUGGACAAGAACGAGUGGUGCGCGGAGGCCUUCUUCAGCUCCUGUGACACGUACAAGGACAGCUCCAUCUCCAACAACGAGUGGUGCUACUGCUUCCAGAGGCAACAAGACACACCUUGCCAGACGGAGCUCGGCAGUAUUCAGAAGCGACUCGGGGUGAAGAAGCUCCCUGGACAGUAAAUCCCCCAGUGUGACGCAGAUGGUUACUACAAGCCAACGCAGUGCCACGGCAGCACUGGGCAGUGCUGGUUUGUGGACCGAUACGGAAGGGAAGUCGUGGGGUCCAGGAAGCGCGGUGCUGCAGACUGUGCUAUUGAUUUUGAGAUCUCUGGAGAUUUUGCAAGUGGAGAUUUCCGUGAAUGGGCUGCUGAUGACGAUGAAGAUGACAUUAUGAACGAUGAAGAUGAAAUUGAAGAUGAUGAUGAGGAUGAAGGGGAUGAUGAUGAUGGUGGUGACCAGGAUGGAUACAUCUGAUGGAUGAGAGCUGAGAGCAACAAAUUCUACGUUUCUUUUAUUUACCAAGUGAUCCCUUACUGAGGAGUACCUUCUUGCCCCAAAACAAAAUGAUUCUAAAACUCACUUAAUAUUUUGUAUAAUUAUUUCAAAUAUUGCAACUAAAGUCAUAGAACUUUAUGUUUAGAGAAGUAUCAUUUACUUUGAGUUUUUAUAUGAAAAAGAGAACACAUAUGGAGUCUAGCCAGACAAGAGAAAGUUAUGAAGAGAUACUGAUCUAUGUGAGUCUGCCACAAACAAAACAACCAGUGCUUGAGGUCAUAUAUGAUAUUUUUCUGGGAAAAAUUCUAAGUUAAAUCUACAAUAACAUACUAGUGACCUGGAUUCUAAGGAUUUUAUUAAAAUAUGCAUGACCUUAAUUGCAGUUUCCAAGUAGACUCUUCCCAGAGCUGGAGUGAU